AUGGAACCUAGUAGUUCAUCCAUCACAACGAAGGUUGCCCAAUUAAUGAAAAAAGUUUGUUCGUGCGAUUAUCAUUUGAUACCGAGGGUCAGGAACGAGUUUGGAGAAGAUGAGUGCCAAGUCACCAAGUCCAUCAGUAUCACUCCAUCCAUCAUCUCACCAACAGCGCCGGUCCAAGUCGGGGUUGAGGCCCCGAUGAGUCGAUCCACUACUAUAGCAAGGGACAUUCGGAUGAAAAUCAUAGGCGAGUCAUGGGCCAGUGACGAGGAUGCCGAGGACGGCGAUUUGGCCAUUUGGAGGGUUGAUGAAAAUUAUGCGCAAGCGAAUGGCAUCCCCAGGGAUUUAAGGACUGCCGGUUUGGUGCGGCACAACGGGGACUUCUUCGAAGCCACGGUUCAUAUCGAAGCCCGCACAGGAAUGGGCAUGUCUUUGUUCGGUUGGCCGUGGUCCGGGCCUACGCCUCUCGUUGUGUCAAAAAGGUCCAGCUUUGGCAACCGUGUGUUGCCCGGAGAGGUUAGCGCUCUCGAAGAACAGCACUGGCUUCAAUUGACAAAGUUCACGGGACUGAUAGGAAUCAGUUCGAAAGACUAUUUGUUAGAUGACCAAAGCUUGCACACCACAGCACAUUCGCGUCUCAGACACCUCGAAGGAAAUGGUUUGCUGAGGACCGAGACCGAUCCGGACUUUAGUGUCUAUGAAGAAGCACGUUUCAAAUUCAGUGAAGCGGACCGCCUCCUUGAUAGUAUCCAUGGCUCGAUCCAUCCUGGCCGGAACAUCGCAGCUAGAAUAUCUUCACCACGCCCGGUAGACGCACUGCAGACAACGAAGAGCUAA